AUGGAUUUUAUUGUGUGGUUGUUGUGUCAAUUGGAAGAGCCUUGUAUGUCUUCUCAGAAUGCUGUCAGCUGGGGUUAUUUUGAUGUUGAGAACAUGAGGUGGGAGUUGGACCUGUAAGUCUUACUAGGGCUAAAAUAAUAACCAUUUCAGGCUGUGUAAUAAAUACUUUAUAAUAUAGUUAAACCUCACCACUCCCAAGUACCAAGAUUUGAUUGGCCCCAACCAACCAGAGAGAACCCUUUGAACAUGGUUAGGUGUGCCAAAAUGAGAGGUAUAGAUUGGUAAAUUCGAAACCUUGCAAGUCUGUGAUGUGGGACCCUGGUUUCAAAAUUUGAGACCAAGACUUCAGCAUUUUUAUCACUUCUGCGCCUGAGACUAUACUUCUAAAAAUUCUGCCCCAAAGACUCUAAGCACAGAAAAUUUCGAGUUUACAGUACACAUAAAACUAAAUAAAAUGACUGAAAGCUAGCAGAAGCUCACCAGUCUACUAAUUUUUCUUGUUUCACUGUCUUAAUCUACAAGUUCAGUUCGAUAAGCUAUAUCGAAUUCCAUAAACUCUGGAAAGUCCUGAAGGAAGGACAAACAGAAAGAAAAAACGACAAAUCAGCAAUUCCGAGACCCGUCAGCAAAAAAAUUGAGACUACAAGAUGCAAAAAAAUCACCUGAAACAAGACUUUGAGAGCUAUCAAAAAUGCGUCCGAGAUUUUUAGAGACCCACAUUUUUUUGACAUGCACUGUACCAUUCUAUACCCCUUUGGAGGUUGUCUUUCAUAAGGGGUUUCAACUUUGGGGUGAGCACUUUUGUGAGGUUUUAGUUGAGGUUUGCUGCCACAGACCUGCCAACCCUAGCCUGUGAACAGCAGACGUAUGUUUGGUCGUCGCUUCUCUCCCUGUGUUAUUUUUCAGACUGGAAAUACAUCUGCUGUUCGCAGGCUAUGCCAACCCUUGCUAAAGGAAAAUCUGGAAGUUUUACAAAACGUUGUGAGAUUCUUCUUUUAUUGAAACUCCUUGUCACCACAACACUAACUCCACAUAUUUUUCAUCACUUCCCACCCCACCCAUACUAAUUGUGUAGAUAAUAACCUAUAAUCAAGCUGUCAUUUUGUACUGUCUAACAGCUUGAAGAGUGCAAACUUUCCUACCUAUCUCCUGCCAGUAGUAGCUGAAUAAUCAGCUGUAGCUGGUAAACUUCAACAGCCAUUUUUUGGCAUUCGUUCUGGAAUUUCAGUCGGGCUGGCUCUGGGAGACUUUCAUUGUGCAGUGCUCUCCACGAUUUCUUCAGAAACUGGUGCAGGUACACUGUACUUUAGCACCUGAUGAAAUUUCAGUCAGACAUUUCUAUAAUUCAGCUGAAUUUCCCAUUUGUACAUCAACAUUGUGCUUCUUUGUUUUCUCUUAUGAGACUCAGCUUACAUUGACCUUUCAGUUCUGAAUGUCAGCACUUCUAGUCAACUAGCAGUGGUUGUACCUGAUGACAGUGGCAAUAUUUUCACCGGUGAACUGCCAAGUAAGGCUGUGAAAUGCCUUCCAUUCUUUCAAGGAAAGAAGGUCAUGACUGCAGCAUCACUAUCAGGUUCUUUAUCUAUUGAAUUUUUGUUUGCAAAUUUGCCAAACUUGGAGUGUUAUAAGCACAGGACAGACACAAGCUAAGGGGAACUUACUACUUUACACUGGAAAAUUGAAAAUUUGCCAAAAUGCAACCAUAGGACACAAGGGGAGCCUAUUUACGAGAGGAAAAUGAAAAUUCCCUUUCAUCCUAAAACCAAAUUAUUUUGGGUUCAGUUGUCACUUAAUGGAAAUUACCGGAGGACAUCCUAAGGUGUUUUCAUUCAAAUGAAACCCCUUUUACAUAACGUUUGCAUAGUGCAAAUUAUUUCUUUGGAUGUAGCAAUUUAAUGAAUUCUUUACAUAUACUAGGGCACUAUUACAUGUAGGACUGAAAAGGUCGAAUAUAAGUCCAUGAAAAGUGGAAGGUAAAAGAGUUUUGUUUAUUCCAAGGUGGUAAUUAAUGUUUUGGCUACAUAUGUUCAAAUGUUAACAUCAUGGAUGUGGGAUCUUUGUUUGAAUGAUCACCUUCCAGCCACUGAUGAAAUUUAUCAGAGGAUUCUUGAUUGUGCUAAGAAGAAGAGUUUAUUAUCUCUGAAAAUUACUUCAAUGCUAUGGAGUGAGCGACACAUGCCAGAUAGGAGGGCUGAAGUAAGCAAUCUCUCAUCAGACAAUACAUGUAUUUCACUGGGUGAUGUGGGACUCUCACUUUGUUGUGGACUUGUGGAAAAUUUAAAUGAAAUGAUGCCCAAAGAAUUCCUUAACCUGCAUGGUGUGCAAAGGAUUGUGGGUGCUAGCAGUGCUCUGAUAAGAAAUCAGGUUCUUUAA